GUUGGUAUUGCUUCGGUAACAUCGCAUUGGUGCGGUUGCUAUAGAAAUCUGUAAAAAUCCUCCUGAUUUCCAAAAAAAAAGCAGCUAAAAUGACGUCAAUGAGCAUACAGGAACAUUUGAUGUAUCGUGGUGUGAUGCGUGGCCACAAUGGUUGGGUUACGCAGAUUGCCACAAAUCCAAAUUAUCCUGAAGUGAUCCUGUCUUCGUCCCGCGACAAGACUCUCAUCCUAUGGGAUCUGAGACGUGAUGAGGGUUGUUAUGGAAUGCCGAAGCGUCGUCUCCAUGGUCACGGCCAUUUUAUCACUGACGUUGUUAUGUCCUCGGACGGACAUUAUGCUUUAUCGUGCUCAUGGGACAAAACUUUGCGUUUGUGGGACCUGAACGCUGGUCGUACCACUCGGCGCUUUGAAGACCACACGAAGGACGUGCUCUCAGUGGCCUUUUCUGCUGACAACCGACAAAUCGUUUCUGGCUCACGUGACAAGACCAUUAAGCUAUGGAACACUUUGGCUCAAUGCAAAUACACGAUCGAGGAUUCGCACGACCAUUGGGUAUCAUGUGUGCGCUUCUCGCCUAACAACAACAACCCCGUCAUCGUCUCAUGCGGUUGGGACCGUCUCGUUAAAGUGUAUAACCUUGCCAACUGCAAGCUUAAGACCAAUCAUUUCGGUCACAAGAGGUACCUCAACACUGUCACGGUUUCGCCUGACGGAUCUCUUUGCGCAUCAGGUGGCAAGGACGGCAUGGCUAUGCUGUGGGACCUGAAUGAAGGCAAGCAUCUGUACACACUUUCGACAAAGGAAACCAACGCUAUUAACACGCUUUGCUUCUCGCCCAACCGUUACUGGCUCUGCGUUGCCAACGGACCCUCAAUCUCUGUUUGGGAUCUUGAGAACAAGCGCUUGGUUGAUGAACUUCGACCAGAGGUUAUCACAACGACCGCAAAGGGCAACCAACACGAGUGCAUUUCCCUCUCGUGGUCUCCUGACGGACAGACUCUUUUUGCUGGAUACACCGACAACACGAUUCGUGUCUGGCAAGUCACCGUAAGGCAAUCUACUGCUUAAGCGGAGUAUCAGCAUGAAAAAGCGGUUUUGCUGGUGAUGCACCCACGCUAGCCCCACUUCAUUUUAAUGUCUAGGAGGAAAUAAAAGAAAAAACGUCGUGUGUAAUUUC